GCUUUGUGCUAACCCAAAGUUAUUCCCAAAAGGCUUUAGCACUCCACGCCCUCUUGCAUCUCCGAAGGGCGGAAAGCAAGUGUUCUUGGCACUGGAGUGUCAUCAGUGUCCCCCUAACCAAAAGGGACACUCCCUUUCCCCUCCCCAACACAUGCUGGGGAAGCUUUUUGUACUUGUGGGAAAAAUGUCCUUAACUCUCAUCCUGAAACUUCCUACAAUUCAGUGGCAUUUCGCUUUGAUAGUCAGGACCCCCAAAAGUGUUCUUGAGGGUUUGGCUGAGUCUCAGGCGUGCGUUUCCCUAGGGCAGCCGACUCAUUGGGACUGAGCCGAGGCCUGGGAUUUUUCUAGUCACCAGCAGGCGCUGGAGCUGGGGAGCACAGGAUGCUGGCUCUCAGAGUUCAGAGGGAGCCGCGAGGUUAAUGAGUAACUACGUAGCGAUCUGCCAUCCCGUUGCGAGCUCGGGCUUGAAGAGUCUGGGUGACCUGGGCUGGCAUCUCCAUUCUCCCUUGCCACCAAGGAGACCGGAGGAGCAAAUGUGUGCCUUGGGGGUGUGGGUCAAAAACAGGUCUGCUUUCCCUUCUGGAAUCGCCCUUCUGGAGCUGCCUUCUCCCGAGCUCAGAUGGAGUUACACGUGCCCCCGGGCCUCAACAAAUUGGAGGCGGUAGAGGGAGAAGAAGUGGUGCUCCCUGCCUGGUACACGAUGGCACGGGAGGAGUCGUCGUCCCACCCCCGGGAGGUGCCCAUCCUGAUUUGGUUCUUGGAACAAGAAGGGAAGGAACCAAACCAGGUGUUGUCUUACAUUAAUGGAGUCAUGACCAAUAAACCUGGAACAGCCCUGGUCCACUCUAUCUCUUCACGGAAUGUGUCCCUGCAUCUGAUGGCACUCCAGGAGGGAGACUCUGGGACCUACCGCUGUUCUGUCAAUGUGCAGAAUGAUGAAGGCAAAAGUAUAGGCCACAGCAUCAAAAGCAUAGAGCUCAAAGUGCUGGUUCCUCCAGCUCCUCCAUCCUGUAGUUUACAGGGUGUACCCUAUGUCGGGACCAAUGUGACCCUGAACUGCAAGUCCCCAAGGAGUAAACCUACUGCUCAGUACCAGUGGGAGAGGCUGGCCCCAUCCUCCCAGGUCUUCUUUGGACCAGCCUUAGAUGCCGUUCGUGGAUCUUUAAAGCUCACUAACCUUUCCAUUGCCAUGUCUGGAGUCUAUGUCUGCAAGGCCCAAAACAGAGUGGGCUUUGCCAAGUGCAACGUGACCUUGGACGUGAUGACAGGGUCCAAGGCUGCAGUGGUCGCUGGAGCAGUUGUGGGCACUUUUGUUGGGUUGGUGCUGAUAGCUGGGCUGGUUCUGUUGUACCAGCGCCGGAGCAAGACCUUGGAAGAGCUGGCCAAUGAUAUCAAGGAAGAUGCCAUUGCACCCCGGACCUUGCCUUGGACCAAAGGCUCAGACACAAUCUCCAAGAAUGGGACACUUUCUUCGGUCACCUCAGCACGAGCUCUGCGGCCAAACAAGGCUGCUCCUCCAAGACCUGGCACGUUUACUCCCACACCCAGUGUCUCUAGCCAGGCCCUGUCCUCACCAAGACUGCCCAGGAUAGAUGAACCCCCGCCUCAGGCAGUGUCCCUGACCCCAGGUGGGGUUUCUUCUUCUGCUCUGAGCCGCAUGGGUGCUGUGCCUGUGAUGGUGCCUGCACAGAGUCAGGCUGGAUCUCUUGUGUGACAGCCCAGGCACUCAUUAGCUACAUCUGGUAUCUGACCUUUCUAUAAAGGUCUCCUGUGGCACAGAGGACUCAAUCUUGGGAGGGUGCCCACAUUCUAGACCUCCAGUCCUUUGCUCCUACCUCCUAUUGUUGGAAUACUGGGCCUCAGUAAGACUAAAAUCUGGGUCAAAGGACAAAAGGAGGAAAUGGACCUGAGGUAGGGGGUUGGGAGUGAGGAGGCUUCACUUCCUCCCUGCUUCUCCCUGUAGCCAGAUGAAUGCUGCGGAAGAUCGGCUACCCUCCAAGGGCUCUGGAGGAGACUGCCAGUCAGUGAUGCCCCUGGCUCUGUGAUCUGUACAACACCCUUAUCUAAUGCUGUCCUUUGCCAUUCGCUCCAUCUCCCUAUAUUAAUAUAACCUGUCCUGCUGGCUUGGCUGGGUUUUGUUGUAGCAGGGGGAUAGGAGAGACAUUUUAAAACCUGACUUGAAAUUGAUGUUUUUGUUUUUAUUUUGAAAAUUUCAAUAAAGAUAAAUCGCAUUUGCAUGGACAAGAA